GCGGAAGUCUCGUAGUCGCACGCAUGUGACGUUUGUUGAUUUUUCGACUUGCAUAGAACGGUGUCGUUUUUAACGAUAGUGUUUAUUUCUGAUUUCAGCCAUGUUUGCCAGGCAAUGAAAGUGCGGGUUAAGACGUCCAAGAGCGGAGCACGAGCGCCUGUUCAUCUUCAGGUCAGAUGAUGAUGAAGCUGAUUAAUCAUCUCCUCUGAUCUGCUCGCCAGUCUCAUCAGUGUAGAAUAAACCCACACAACAACAGUCAGACUCGGUCAGCUGUUACAGUCACGAUUACUGUCCGUGAAAUAAUAUUCCAGUGUUACUAAACACCUCCAGAGUGAACCGUGUGAACUGGAAUACAGGUUUAUUAUUAUUAUUAUUAUUAAAGAAACACAACAGACCUGCUUAUUAACAUCUGAAAAAGUCAUGUUGUUCAAACAGUGUGCAAAACCCCAAACAAUACAGAAAACUACAGAAAUUUCCUCUUGAGUUUCUGAUGCUGUCAUGUGAUUCUUAGAGGAGUGUUUCUGUAAUCUUUUAUCUUAAGCACGUACAUAAUACUCUAUACACUACAUUCUUAAACACAGUUACACACUCUGCAUGUCUAUGUUAACACUUCCGGUCAGCGCAGGUGUGCCAUACAGUGCUGAAAUCUGCAGUGUUUCGGGGACUGGUGGUGUAUGGUGAGGAUCGGCUGUGAUGGCGAUCCUGUUUGCGGUGGUGGCUCGGGGAUCCACUGUUCUGGCUAAACACGCCUGCUUCUCCGGUAACUUCCUGGAGGUGACGGAGCAGAUCCUGGCCAGGAUCCCGUCGGAAAACAACAAGCUGACGUAUUCUCACGGCAGCUAUCUCUUCCACUACAUCUGCCACGAGAGGAUCGUCUACCUGUGCAUCACCGAUGACGAGUUUGAGCGCUCGCGUGCCUUCGGUUUCCUCAGUGAGGUGAAGAAGCGCUUCCAGACCACCUACGGCUCGCGAGCUCAGACCGCGCUGCCCUACGCCAUGAACAGUGAGUUCUCCAGCACGCUGGCAGCACAGAUGAAACACCACUCGGAUCCCAAAGGCUCGGACAGACUGACAGAAACACAGAUGCACGUGGACGACUUGAAAGGCAUCAUGGUCCGGAACAUCGAUCUCGUCGCUCAGAGAGGAGAGAGACUCGAGCUGCUCAUCGAUAAAACAGAGAACCUGGUGGAUUCUUCCGUCACCUUUAAGACUACGAGCCGGAACCUGGCCCACGCCAUGUGUAUGAAGAACCUGAAGUUAACCGUCAUUGUUGUAAUAGUGGUGCUGGUGCUGCUGUACUUUAUCAUGACGGCCGCGUGUGGAGGACUCAGCUGGCCGAACUGUCGGAAGCAGUAGAAACCUCUCGUUGUGUCCAGCUCACCUCAUCCUCGUCCUCGUCUGACUCACACACACACACACACACACACAGGACAACACUGCUAAAAACUAUACAUCAUCGUCACAUUUCCAUGUUGAUCUUCAUCAUACAGUUUUGAUUCUUUGGGUUCUUUUCUCAAUGUUGUAAUGCAGUUCAGCUAGAUGAAGAAUUUAAAGUACAAAUCUGUGUUUUUUUGUUUUUGUUUUUCAGAAACGGAUGUUAAUUCAUGCUGCUCGGCUCCAUUCCAUGAUUUAUCGUGUUUGGUUUUAAAGUGUAAAGCAGGACUAGUAGAUGAAUACAGGUUUUGGGGGAACUAUUCCAGCCGGCGGUUAUGUCUUCAAGCAGAAGAGCUUCAGGAGAAGAGAUGAGUUUGAAGAGUAAUGAGCUGGCGCUUGUGUUUUAAUUAGGUUUGCUUACAGCAGUCAUGAUAUUUAAUCAAACACAUUUAUAAUAAUCAUAGAGGACGACUCUAAUGUCAGUCACUUAGAUGAGUAACAUGUGAAGUCAUCUGUCUCGUAACAGCAGUCGUGUGAUGUUCACACAGCGCAGAGCUGGUCGAGUUCAAAACCUGUCAAUGUUUCAGACAAAGCUGAUUAUACUGAGCUUAAAGAAAAGGAAGCUGAUUUUAAGAUCAUUAUUGAGCCUGUUAUUUUUCCUAUUGUUGUUCCUAAAAUUAUUACAUGGAGAAAAAAGGACAGAAAGGAUCAUUUAGAAUCUUCUAAUUCUCACAAAAAAUACAUCAGCUACACAGAAUGGUUUGGUAACACGUAUAGAACAGCUAUAUAACCCGACAUCCGAGUAUAGAGUGUAAUAUGACGACGUGAUAAUAUAACAUUGUAUUUAAGAUUAAAGUGCUGUGAAAAAGUUUGUACACGCCAUAAAAAGUGGUUGUUUUUUUCCACCAACUUAUUGAGUACAAAUGACACUCAGAAUGUACAUUUUGUAAUGAUGUGUACAGCUUAAAUAAACAAAAAGCCCAUA